CGAAGGAGGCGGGUUUUGGCCCCUUGCCCUGGGGAGCGAGUGCAGAGGGAGUGGGAGCGAGACGGGCCCGAGUGGAAGUGUCUGGCUCCCGGGAGAGGCCCUGCUGUACUCUUUGCUUCCCAUGAGCACGUUCUGCAGCGAGCAGUGCCGUCGUUAGGUCGGCCCCGUAGCUUCUGCUUCCCCCGGGACAGGCUCACGCCUCGCCGGGGAGGGAGCAGCCCGUCGAGGCGCCUCCCUAGUCUGCGUCGGUGUCGCGCUGCGACCCUGGAAGCGGGAGCCGCUGCUAGCGAAAGGAGGAGCGGCAGCGGGCAGCAGCAUCAGCAGCGCCAGCGGGCGGGAUCGAGGCCGUCAACAUGGCGAGCGCCUCGUACCACAUUUCCAAUUUGCUGGAAAAAAUGACAUCCAGCGACAAGGACUUCAGGUUUAUGGCUACAAAUGAUUUGAUGACAGAACUGCAGAAGGAUUCCAUCAAGUUGGAUGAUGAUAGUGAAAGGAAAGUAGUGAAAAUGAUUUUGAAGUUACUGGAAGAUAAAAAUGGAGAGGUACAGAAUUUAGCUGUCAAAUGUCUUGGCCCUUUAGUGAGUAAAGUGAAAGAAUACCAAGUAGAGACAAUUGUAGAUACCCUCUGUACUAACAUGCUUUCUGAUAAAGAACAACUUCGAGAUAUUUCAAGUAUUGGCCUUAAAACAGUAAUUGGAGAACUUCCUCCAGCUUCCAGUGGCUCUGCACUAGCUGCUAAUGUAUGUAAAAAGAUUACUGGACGUCUUACCAGUGCAAUAGCAAAGCAGGAAGAUGUCUCUGUUCAGCUAGAAGCCUUGGAUAUUAUGGCUGAUAUGUUGAGCAGGCAAGGAGGACUUCUUGUUAAUUUCCAUCCUUCAAUUCUGACCUGUCUACUCCCCCAGUUGACCAGCCCUAGACUUGCAGUGAGGAAAAGAACCAUUAUUGCUCUUGGCCAUCUGGUUAUGAGCUGUGGAAAUAUAGUUUUUGUAGAUCUUAUUGAACAUCUAUUGUCAGAGUUGUCCAAAAAUGAUUCUAUGUCAACAACAAGAACCUACAUACAAUGCAUUGCUGCUAUUAGUAGGCAAGCUGGUCAUAGAAUAGGUGAAUACCUUGAGAAGAUAAUUCCUCUGGUGGUAAAAUUCUGUAAUAUAGAUGACGAUGAGUUAAGAGAGUACUGCAUUCAAGCCUUUGAAUCGUUCGUGAGAAGAUGUCCUAAGGAAGUAUAUCCUCAUGUUUCUACCAUUAUAAAUAUUUGUCUUAAAUAUCUUACGUAUGAUCCAAAUUAUAAUUAUGAUGAUGAAGAUGAAGAUGAAAAUGCCAUGGAUGCAGAUGGUGGUGAUGAUGAUGACCAAGGGAGUGAUGAUGAGUACAGCGAUGACGAUGACAUGAGCUGGAAAGUGAGACGUGCAGCUGCCAAGUGCUUGGAUGCUGUAGUUAGCACAAGGCACGAAAUGCUUCCAGAAUUCUACAAGACCGUCUCUCCUGCACUGAUAUCCAGAUUUAAAGAGCGUGAGGAGAAUGUAAAGGCAGAUGUUUUUCAUGCAUACCUUUCUCUUUUGAAGCAAACUCGUCCUGUGCAAAGUUGGCUGUGUGACCCUGAUGCAAUGGAACAGGGAGAAACACCUUUAACAAUGCUUCAGAGUCAGGUUCCCAACAUUGUUAAAGCUCUGCACAAACAGAUGAAAGAAAAAAGUGUGAAGACCCGACAGUGUUGUUUUAACAUGUUAACUGAACUGGUAAAUGUGUUACCUGGGGCCCUAACGCAACACAUUCCUGUUCUUGUGCCAGGAAUCAUUUUCUCCCUGAAUGAUAAAUCAAGUUCAUCGAAUUUGAAGAUUGAUGCUCUGUCGUGUCUAUAUGUAAUCCUCUGUAACCACUCUCCUCAAGUCUUCCAUCCGCAUGUACAGGCAUUGGUCCCUCCAGUGGUGGCUUGUGUUGGAGACCCAUUUUACAAGAUCACAUCUGAAGCACUUCUUGUUACUCAACAGCUUGUCAAAGUAAUUCGUCCCUUAGAUCAGCCUUCCUCGUUUGAUGCAACUCCUUACAUCAAAGAUCUAUUUACUUGUACCAUUAAGAGGUUAAAAGCAGCUGACAUUGAUCAGGAAGUCAAGGAAAGGGCUAUUUCCUGUAUGGGACAAAUUAUUUGCAACCUUGGAGACAAUUUGGGUUCUGACUUGCCUAAUACACUUCAGAUUUUCUUGGAGAGACUAAAGAAUGAAAUUACCCGGUUAACUACAGUGAAGGCAUUGACGCUGAUUGCUGGAUCACCUUUGAAGAUAGAUUUGAGACCUGUCCUGGGAGAAGGGGUUCCUAUCCUUGCUUCAUUUCUCAGGAAAAACCAGAGAGCUUUGAAACUGGGUACCCUUUCUGCCCUCGAUAUUCUAAUUAAAAACUAUAGUGACAGCUUGACAGCUGCCAUGAUUGAUGCAGUUCUAGAUGAGCUCCCACCUCUUAUCAGCGAAAGUGAUAUGCAUGUUUCACAGAUGGCUAUCAGUUUUCUUACCACACUGGCCAAAGUGUAUCCCUCCUCCCUUUCAAAGAUAAGUGGAUCCAUUCUCAAUGAACUUAUUGGACUUGUGAGAUCACCCUUAUUGCAGGGGGGAGCUCUCAGUGCUAUGCUAGACUUUUUCCAAGCUCUGGUUGUCACUGGAACAAGUAAUCUAGGAUACAUGGAUUUGCUGCGCAUGCUGACUGGUCCAGUUUAUUCUCAGAGCACAGCUCUUACUCACAAGCAGUCUUAUUACUCCAUUGCCAAAUGUGUAGCUGCCCUUACUCGAGCGUGUCCUAAAGAAGGACCAGCUGUAGUAGGUCAGUUUAUUCAAGAUGUCAAGAACUCCAGGUCUACAGAUUCCAUUCGUCUCUUAGCUCUACUUUCUCUUGGAGAAGUUGGGCAUCAUAUUGAUUUAAGUGGGCAGCUAGAACUAAAAUCUGUAAUACUAGAAGCCUUCUCAUCUCCUAGUGAAGAAGUCAAGUCAGCUGCAUCCUAUGCAUUAGGCAGCAUUAGUGUGGGCAACCUUCCUGAAUAUCUGCCAUUUGUCUUACAAGAAAUAACCAGUCAACCCAAAAGGCAGUAUCUUCUGCUUCAUUCCUUGAAGGAAAUUAUUAGCUCUGCAUCAGUGGUGGGCCUUAAACCGUAUGUGGAAAACAUCUGGGCCUUAUUGCUAAAGCACUGCGAGUGUGCAGAGGAAGGAACCAGAAAUGUCGUCGCGGAAUGUCUAGGCAAACUUACUCUAAUCGAUCCAGAAACUCUCCUUCCACGGCUUAAGGGGUAUUUGAUAUCAGGCUCAUCAUAUGCCCGAAGCUCAGUGGUGACAGCUGUGAAGUUUACUAUUUCUGAUCAUCCACAACCUAUUGAUCCACUAUUAAAGAACUGUAUAGGUGAUUUCCUAAAAACGUUGGAAGACCCAGAUUUGAAUGUAAGAAGAGUAGCCUUGGUCACAUUCAAUUCAGCAGCACACAAUAAGCCAUCUUUAAUAAGGGAUCUUCUAGAUACUGUUCUUCCACAUCUUUACAAUGAAACAAAAGUUAGAAAGGAGCUUAUAAGAGAGGUAGAAAUGGGUCCGUUUAAGCAUACAGUGGAUGACGGCCUGGAUAUUAGAAAGGCAGCUUUUGAGUGUAUGUACACGCUUCUAGACAGUUGUCUUGAUAGACUAGAUAUCUUUGAAUUUCUAAAUCAUGUUGAAGAUGGUUUGAAGGACCAUUAUGAUAUUAAGAUGCUAACAUUUUUAAUGUUGGUGAGACUCUCCACCCUUUGUCCAAGUGCAGUACUGCAGAGAUUGGACCGACUUGUGGAGCCAUUACGUGCCACAUGUACAACUAAGGUAAAGGCAAACUCAGUAAAACAGGAGUUUGAAAAGCAAGAUGAACUAAAGCGAUCUGCCAUGAGAGCAGUUGCAGCACUGCUGACCAUUCCAGAAGCAGAGAAGAGUCCACUGAUGAGUGAAUUCCAGUCACAGAUCAGUUCUAACCCUGAGCUUGCAGCCAUCUUUGAAAGUAUCCAAAAAGAUUCAUCCUCCACUAACUUGGAAUCAAUGGACACUAGUUAGAUGUUUGUUCAACAUGGGACCAUUACAUUGACCAUAUGAUGCACUGAAUUGACAGGUUAAUCAUCAGACAUGGAAAGAGAAGUGUCUAAAAGCUUCAAAAUGUUCCACUUUUUUUCCUUCAUGGAUACAGUUUGGCUUUCUUCCAUUUUUGUUUUUGUAACAUUUAUUUCAGAAAUAUGUAUUUCCACAAUCCAGAGGUUGUAAAACCACUAAUGUUUUAGUGGUUAGGGCAACAUUUAAAAUGGAAACUAAAAGUUAGGAUUUAUGGAACAUGGAGAUAGGGUCCAGGAUCUAUUUGCCCUGUAAUGUGUAGGAUUAAAAUGUUAAAAUUUUGUGACCAUGAAUUUCUUUCUUUUAUAAAACUUGUCUUAUUUAAAAAUCAAAAAUUCUGCAAGACAAAAACCAUGUUUCUAUUUCCUGUAUAACUUUUUGUUUCAGCAACAUGAAUUGAUUUUUAGCUGGCAGAUAACAAUAUCUGUAAGAUUUGUUACAUUUUAGAGGGUUUGGCAGUAUAAAAAAGAUAAUAAGGUGUCGUUUUUUAAAAGUAUAGGGAUUAACAAUAUCCCUGUUGCACACACUAAUUUUGCAUGAGCAAGUUUACAAAUAUGUAUUGUCUAUAAAGCAUGUGCAGAUUAUUCAUAAUACAAAAGUUAAAAUAAGUAUUGUAUUAGUGCAAUUUGCAGAUAUUUAUUUUUGCACAGAAAACAUAUCUGGGGGGAGAGAGAGAGAGAGAGAGAGGGGAGUAAAUUUUUGAAACUGGUUUUCUUAAUGCCAGUGUGAAUUUACAGAUGUUUUCAGCAAAUCAAGUCACAAUAACAAUUUGCCACUUUUUUCUAUUACAAAUUUUUCUUAGACAUUUAAAAUUUGAAUAUUUAAGUACUCAGUUUUUUCUCAGUUACCCAUUUGUGUGUGUGUGUGUGUGUUUGUGUGUGUGUGUGUGCGCGUGUGCGUGUGUGUAUUUCCACUUAGAAAUUAAAUUCUUUAGGUUAACGUUUUCUUUAAUUCCCUUUGGAUCUCUACAUCCCUUAUCGAAGGAUACAAAUACUGUGUAUGCUUUAAAAUUUUAUUUUUAUGAAAAUUCUGAAGCCAGCUAUCACAGGUUAGCUAAUAAUAGUAUUUUCUUUUAGUUGAGUUAGAGUCUUACCCCUUUCUUGUAGAGCUAAUUUACAUAUUGUAUUUGGUAAGUGUUGCCUAUGUUUCCUGAUUAAAGGGGUCUGUGCUGGGGGAAACAAAGCUUUGCAGUACCUUAAUUGUAGUUAAAACUUUAUUUAACAUAACCUUCAAUGAACUCAUUUCACACUGUAGCCUCUUCCUUUAAAUUUGUGGUGCUCCUGUAACAGGAAGAACUAACUUCUGAAAUAAAGACGUCUCCCAGUGCUGUGCAAACACAGUUUACAUGUGUUGAAGGAGGCAGUUAAAUUUAGUGACCAAUUUUAAGCAAUCAGAUAUUUGAAAACUGCAUACGUUAUUUUUGAAACUGUGAAUUAGAAAUAUUUUUCCUGCCGUAUUAACCUGCUUUAACAUCCAAAUGUGCAGUGAUUUCAGUUGAUAAUAUACUGUGGUUAUUAGAUUAACAGCUUGAUUUUGAAUGUUCAGAUGAAAAUGCAUAAGACAUUACCAGUAAGGAUUUUGACUAGUACGUUGACAUGGAACGUUACAUGAAGUUGGUGCCAUUUCAAAAUGUGGCAGAUGAUAAUAUACCAUAAUUUGCAUAAAACUAAUAGAAAUUUAUUUUGAGAUGUUAGUAUAUUAUGUACUAUACAUUACCGUGGUAUAGAUAUUGUGGAUAUAUUUAAGUAUUUGGUUACAUGGUUUCACAGUGAAUUAGAAUACUGCAGGUUCUAGGACCAAAUAGGAGACUGACAUGCAUAUAUUAUAUGAAUGUCUUAGUUAAUUAUCUAAAAUUAUAUUCAAAUACUUUUCAUGUAUUGGAUUUCUCUUUUUUUUAAGCUUCCAAGAUGCAUUUUUUUGUUUUGCAAGAUGGCUAUUUUUUUUAAUAUAGUUGAAAUUCUGUCUUAAUACAAAAAGAAAUAGUUUGCUCUUUCUAGUAGUAGAUACAGUUUUUAUGUAUAUAUAUAUCUAUAUACUGUAUAUUCAGAUACAUAAAAUUAGUAACAGAAGAAUACACUCACGUUUUAAAUGCUAAGUCAUACUGAGGAACGCCGUACUUGUAGUGGCGACGUCCUGAUCCUGGGGUGGGAGUUACAGGGGGAGGCCCGGUUACUUCGGCCACUCCUACUACUGACUGGUCUGUUGGUAGCAGAAGGAAGUUCUGCUUAGCAUUUCUACAUGUGUAGGUUCUUCAGAAGAUCUAAAAGGUAAUAGUAAGAAAACAGCUGUUUGCUAAUUUUUUUGAGAAUGUUUGAACUGUUUAGAUCUACCUGACUUCUUUUUAAAGAAAGCUUAAUAUGGGGUUGUGGGGUUUUUUUUGUUUUUAAUUUCAGGUGUACAAAGCAAUGUGUUUUGAGGUUAGGUUAUUUUAUGAAACUAAGGCAGAAAGGAAAUUUGGUAACAUGACAAAGCCUAACCUAAAAAUUUAUUUAUAAAAUCAAUGGCACUGAAUGGUAAUUUUUAAAAUGGUGGUCAUAUAUUCCUUAAUGAUACCUAAAGCUUAAUUCUUGGGAAUUCAAAUUUUCAGAAUGUUGGAGUAUGAUGACUUCAUCAAAUGUUUGAAUAUACAAUUUUUAUGUAAUCAUAAUUAAAUAACCAAGUCAGUCAUUUUUUUUUACUUUUUUGGGGAAAUGGUAAAUAACACAGGGGCAUAUCUAAUUGAACCAAUUCUAAGGGAUGUUCUGAUACCUUUAAAUCUAGCUUAGUCUCAGACAUAUGAAUAUGAUUAUAUAGGUAUAACUAUAGUUCAAAAUAAUGAAAUACACAAAAUCCUCAGCCAUUAAAAAUUCAAUUAAGUGGUUAAUUAAUAGGCCUUGUAAGCUGUAUUAGCCACGUGACAAAGCAUAUAGUAAUACCUCAAAUUUAAAAAGUUAAACAUUUCUCCCCACAUUAAAUUUCACCAAAAAUUUAAAUUGUUAAAAUUAACUGCCAAUCUCUAGAUAUAUUAAUAAAUGUUCGGAUACUCAAGAGCUUAAAAAUGUCAGCAAAUAUUUAGAUUCUAGCUCUAUCUUAAAUUGAAUCCUAAUUUUCAAACCACUGCCACUCAAGGUUCCUGUCUACUUCUGAAAUCUUAUUUAAUCCUCUGUGGAACAGAAAAUGGACAGUGCAGUAAUAGUUCAUUUUACUGUUGGGAAAAAAGCUCUUCUGGUUUUAACUGACUUUUCCAGUUAAUUAAAUGAAACGCCUUUGAUACCUUUGGUUGCAAAAAUGGAACACCAUAGAAGUAUUUGGUGGCAGGUUGCCAAAAGCUCACCAGACAAGGCCAUUAAGAUAGAUGCACACUGAAAUGACAUGUUUUCUCUUUACAGUACAGUAAGUUGCUUUAUUUUCCUGUUAAUACUAGAAAGAUGACUUGUGUAAUUUAGGGCAAGAUCUAUCAGCGGCAUGUUUUUGCUCUGUAACUUAGAAAGUUAGCUCUCUAUUCAAAACGGGAUUAGUUUUUCAUCUGACAUCACAGAAACCAACUUCAGUUAAAACUACUGAGGGGAAUAUUGCAGAUAAUUUUACUUUGUUAGACCCUGUAAUGUCCAUGUGUGUCAGGUUUCAGAAAAAAUUUUAGUCGAGGGAAUCUUGAUACCCUGAUCUUUUCAUACCUUUUUAUUCUGAUCUUAAUUAUCAGUGGUGAUUUUGGCAAAUUGUUUCAUUUAGGUCUUAGAAGAGAAAAGGCUUGUAUUCUGUGAACUAAUUUUCUCUGGGUUAGGGAGUAUUGGAAUUAGUGUAUUUAGCCAUUGUCAGUAACUAUGGGUGAUGCACAUUGCGUGACUUUGUCCUAGAGUGCUCUCUCACUCACACACAAGAAAAGUGAAGAAUUGUAUUCCAGAACUGGUUAAUGUAUAAUACCAUGAUAACCUCAUGUUUUAAUAGCCUGUAAUAAUCCUAUUAACUCUGAGAAGCUGUUUUACUUGUUUCACAGACAUUUCACUUUUCAUAUAAACCCACUGCUUACUUAGGCAAGGGCAGCUUAAAUGUGUGUGAUGGUAGCUUACUGUGAUCUUGGAGUAUUUUUAACAGACAAAUGUGCAUCUUGCUUGGAAUCGUUACCAUCCAUGAACUAAGUUAGCCUAAAACGUCUGGAAAUAAACUCCUGGUUCCUUAUUCUAGAAGUAAAAAUAAUGCUUUCUCCAGAAUUUAUACUUGAAUAGAAAAACGCAUGUUCUUUUUAGAUCAGGAUUUCUCAGCCUUGGCACUAUUAAUAGUUUGCACUGGAUAAUUCUGUCAUGGGUUGCUGCCCUAUACACUGAAAGAUAUUAGCUUCCCUGGCCUCUUACCCACUUACCAGCAGUGACACCGCCGACCCCAGUGGUGACAACCAAAAUUGUCUCCAGCUGUUGCCAAAUGGCCCUAGAGGAGGGUGGGAGGGGGGGGCACAGAAUUGCCUCAAUUGAGAAUCACUGUUUUAGAGAAAGAUUUUUCUUGUUUCUAGAAGCUAUAGCCAACUGAGGUACACUUGUAGAAGUUUUCAGACACUCCUAAGUGUCUGUUCUUUGUCUUCCUAAGUAAAUGUAAGGAGUGCUGCUAAUCACCCUCUUUUCUUCCACCAAUUAGAAAUUAUGAUUUGAUGAAAAUAGGUUCCUACUCUAUAUACUAUUACCUCUGAUUUAAAUGGAUGGUCCUUAUUAAAUCCUUUAACAUACUGUUUCUCUAUGACUGUAAAAUGCUUUCUGCAUACUUAAAUUUAUACUAAAAUAAGACCGGGUCUUAUAUUAAUUUUUGCUCCAAAGGACGCAUUAGAGCUGAUUGUCCGGCUAGGUCUUAUUUUUGGGGAAACACAGUAGAAAUAUGAGUGAAAGGGACUGCUACUAUAUAGGGGAGUCUGAGGCAUUUUGGGUGCUUUGGAAUCAAUGUACUAUAUUAAAAUGUUUAGGAACAGCAGCCAUGAGCAACUAAUUCAUUUUACUGGAAUUCUUAUAAAAAAAGUAAAUGGGUUUUCAAAAUUAUCCAUUUACAUUCUUUUCAAGAAAAGUUUGUCUAUGUACUUUCUUGAAUUAGUACGGGUAAUUUACUAUUGAGCUAUAAUAUUUAAAGACACAAGUAGUGAUAUUUUGUGUAAUUCCUAAACAAGAUAUAUUUGAACUUUGAAGGCAACUAUUAAAGUUAAGCGGAUGAUAGCAGAUUUUUGCUACUUUUCUAGUGUUAGUUGAUGUUUGAAGACAAAAUGCUUUAUGAAUCUUGAUGCCCACACAUGGGAUUUUAAAGACUGAUGGUGGCAGGCAUAAAGCAGAAAAACUACCAAAAAAGACAUAUUUCCUAGUCUUUGAAACGACCAUUGAGCGAGUAGUCUUUCAAGCUCCUAAACAAUUACAGUCCCAUUUCGGAGAAUUGGCAUAAGCAAAAAUAAGUUAUUUUCCUUUUAUAUGAUGUUACUGAAACAUUAAUGAGGCUGAUUGGUCAGCAGUUUGAGUAAGUCCAGAAUGCUGAGUUUGGAAACCUUGAAAAUCAGUCUUCAAAAUCUGUUUAAAAGAUUUAGAAAUGUGUUGCUGCAUCAACUGUCCUCUGAAGUACAAUCAAGUGUUAUCAGUUGACCAUGUGUGGCUGCUCAGGUGAGAGUCCCCACUGAUCUGUGCCACCACAGCUGGUGCUCAGCUCUACAUGUUGACAUCCAAUCUAUAACCAUGCCUCCAUUCUUGCUAAUGGGUCGUCAAAGGCAAAUUUAAUUACCUUUACCCUUCCCUUGGUACCUUCUACUCUAGUACUAUGUGCUUGGCAUCAUGGCCAGUGUCUGGGGAACACACACCAGAGAACACACUAGAUAAGUAGUGUAACGGGGAAACACAUGGUUCCGCGUGACUUGUGGCACAGGUUCCUGGUCGGGAUCAGGUGAAGCCUGAGCAAGGGAGGUCGUGUACUCUGGAGUGGGAACAAACUGGCAGAAGCAUGGACACAGGAAAUCACGGUGUAUUCAGAAGCUGAGUAUGGCUGUUGUUUGGAAUAUAAGGAGAGUAAUGAGAGGCUAGGAAGGGCCAAUUAUAAGAGUGCCUCGUAAACGGUUUAAUUUCAGGGAUGGUGGCAAGCCAUAGAAAAAGACUUAAAGGCAGGCAGUCAUGUGAUCAGAUUUGAACUUUUGAAAGAUUAGCUGCAGUUCAGGUAGGAAGGCAAGACAGGCUGAUCGGGACAUCACAAGGGUAAUACAGGUGAGGGAAUGUUAGGCUGAACCAGUGUAGUUUGGGAGUGGAAGUCAGGAUGAGAUAAAAUUGACGGGACAAUUAAUAGGAUGUUGGAAUUACAUGCUAUUACAUUCUGUAAUAGGAACAGUCCCCCAAAUAGGUCAUUUGGAACAACGUACUACUAUACAUGUCUAUUGUGCAGCAUGGGGGUGUGUUUCCCAUUUCAUGGACUCAGGAUGACCAAGCUACCAUUUGGAAUUGUCAGUUGCUGUGACAGGGAAAGUGAGUAGAGACUGCUGUCCUAGUGCUUUCUCCUGACAGGGACAUGGACCACUUCUGAUCACAUUUUGGUGGGCAAGAAGUCGUCAUGUGGUCACACCUGGCAGCUGAGCACUCAUUCAGAAGACGCUGGUGAGAAUAGUAAACUCAGUAGAACUGUGGAGUGAUCCCCUGUGUGUGUGUGUGCGGGGGCAGGGGGGUGCAAGGGAGUAGAGGAGUUACGUCACCUUGCACACUUCACAAACAGCUCAAAAUCAGAUGCUCCUACUUAUUCUUUCAAGUUCUUUUCAACCAACCUGUCACUGUAUUCCUCUUAAGCUCUUCCAUUCUGUGCCGGUGUCUGACUCCUCUCCCUCCUGCCUUUAUCUUUCUUCCCUAUGCUCUACAGCCACCCUUACCCCUUCCAGAGUAACAAUCAGAUGUUUUUUACCCACUUUUUAAGCUGUGGCACCCAGGACCGUGAGAAAUGCAUCAUCUACCUCAAUCAUGUUUUCCCUUUCACAUUCCAAGUGUAUUUUUUUCCAAACAAAUACAACAGUCUCCCUAAGAGUGCCAGCAAUUUAAAUGUUUUCUGACACGUAGGAGAUACCCUUAUUUAAUAUCCCAACUCCAUGAUUCUUGCUUGUACCAGCCUCCAUCCCUACUAUUUCACCCAGCCACUCUGAAGGCUACAGCUUGGAUAUUUUUAUCCAAAGCUGUUUGAACUUAAAUUCCAAUAUCCUACUCUACCUACAAUCUAUCCAUCCAGUUCUGUCCUCACUAUAAACUGAUCUUAGCCCUGUGGUCCGUAUUUCCCACCAUUUUCUCUCAGUCCCUCCUUGCCUGCUGUCUUUAUCGAACAGUGUUGAUCUGAUGGAUUUUCUAAAUGGCUUAUUCAUAAAAUUACUUGUCCUUUCAUUGCAUUUAGACAUGCUCCCUCUCUCAUCCCUAAAUCUUCCUUUGAGGUAACUCUUAUCCUCACCUAUCUUACCCAGCAGACCCCAUUGUAUCAAUACAAUUAAGGUCAUUAUUUCUGUCCUUCCACGUAAAAGUCUCAUAUCCAUUCUCAUCGUCAUCUCAGAGAUUGAGUUGUGGUCCUUUAGCUCAAGACAAUCCUCUCACAGUUUUGGUUAAGUUGGUCCUCCAUCUCUUCCAUUUCAUUUUACCACCACUUGUACUGGUUCCAUCUGCUGGACUCAAAAAUAUGCUGAAGUCUCAUCUAAAAGAUUUGAAUUUUUUUAUUGUGUCCUCCACAAAAUGCAGUCUAAAGAAUUAGAUUUGCUUUCCCAAUUUUCUGCCUUUUCACUUCUUAACCUAUUCUACUCUGGCUUUCAUCCCUCUAUUGGUGAUCAUAGCAAAACAGUUUCAGUGAAGUCUUAGAUGGCAAAAUGGUCUUCCGUCCUUUUCUUACACGAACUUGUUGAUACUAAUAUUGUUGCUCACUCCCUCCAUUAGGCUACCUGUCGCCUUGGCUUCGAGGACACUGUCUACUGGGGGUUUCCUUAUACUUGUGAGGCCAUUGCAUCUUAGUUUCCCUUAAAUAUUCUUCACUAGGGCCUUCAGUCCACGUCUUCUCAUUAUAUACAAUCCUUCCUGGAUCAUUGCAUCCAUUCUCGUGGUUUACAUGUUGCUGAUCUCUAAAUCUGUAUGCCUAGCCCACUCCAUACCCCUGUUUUUCAGACGAUUAUAUCAGACCACUUGGCAGGACACCCCAUAAAGGUAUGUCCAACAGCAUAUCUAAUGCUGAACUCAGCAUCUUCCCUGGGUUUUUCCUGCUUUAUGUCUUUGUGGAUGGCACCCCGUUUACCCAACCACUCAGGUUGGAAAUCUUAGCACAAGUUUGGGGGCAGAAUAACAACAAGGACUCUGCUGCCAGACUUCACCUGUGUUUGUAUCUUGGCUGAAUAUUAGCUGUUUGAUUUGGGUAAACUACUUGCCCUUGUCUUCUUAUAACACAAGGAUGAAAAGAGUAGCUACCUCGUAGGGUUAAUUGUGAGGAUUAAAGGAAUACUUUAAAAAACACUUAAAACUGCCUGGUACAUAGUAAGUGCUAUAUAAUUAUUAGCUCUUAUUAGCAUUCUGCCCAUUUUAUUUCCUCGAUAUCUCUCAGGUCCCUUCCACUAUUUUGGUUCAAGAUCUCAUUUCUUCUUUAUCUAUGAUUGGACUACUAUAGAUGCCUCCUAAUUGGUAUUUUUGUGUUCAUUUGCUCAGCAAGCUAAUUUAUUAAGCAUUUUGCUAGGUCCUUCCCACCAGGGCUGCAAAGGCAGGUGAGAGAGAGUAGCUUAUGUAAAGAAAUGUGCUAGUUACCAUGAGAAAACGGACAUAAGGAAGCACUAUGAGAAAUACAGGGGACAGAGGGGGUGAAAAUGGAGGAUAUGAUCAUUCCCCAUGACGGGGGCAGGAAAGGUUCAUAGAAGAGAUGCAAUGACUUCACAUCAGAGGAAUUCCUUAGAAGAUUGUUUUUUAAAUGAGUGUGCAUCACAAUCACCUGGAGGGCUUGUUAAAACUGCUGGGCCUCCCCUUUGGAGAUUGUGGUUCAGUAGGUUGGAGUGGGGCCCCAUAAUUUGCGUUUCUAAUAAGUUCCCAGGUCCUGAUGCUGCCUCCCCAGACCACACUUUGCAUGAUGAUAACCCAGAGAGCAUUCACCCCCAAGUUCUCUCUUUACCCAACUGCCCAAACAAUGACCUUCUUGCACUACCUCCCUCCACGGCUCUUUGCCUACAGGGAAAGUACAAGCUCCAGACCUGUUUACUGUCUGCACCUCUGGCCUCAACAUGUGUCACACCUAGGACUGACCUUCAUCCUCUGAGGGAAUGAAUUAUUUCCCUCAGCCACCAUGCUGUUCCUUGCCUUCACACCUUUACUCAUGUUAAAGUUAUGCCCUUGGCCUGGAUUAUCUUCCCUUGUCUUCCCUGCUGCCAACUGACAAAGUGGACACGAUCUAGGAGCCAGUUCCCAUGUUUGGAGCCCGAUCCCAUUUCACGCAUGUAACAUAGUCCAAUUUCUUUAAAAAGCACCCCUCUGUUAACAUGGACAGGUACUGUUAUUCCGCAUGCCGUCUCCAGUGGUUGCUGAGGGGGAAAGUAAUGGGAAGAGCCAACUGGACCAACUGUUCACAGACAGCUCUUUGCGUAAAACUGAAUUUGCCAGCUACCUGGUUCCACUCUGUACGUAAUGUCUCACAGCAUGGGUCUUUUCUGGGGCUUGGCUGGACUAAAAGGAUCCCUGCUUUGUCUGGUGUGUGACUGCCUUUACUCUGAUGUCCCCUGCUUUCUGUCUUCUAGAUAUUUGUCAGAAUUUCUGAAAUACUUGGGCCUUACCAUCUGCUCUACAUAUUAUUUUGGAUUUAUUCCCUUUUACAAAUGUUUACUAUCAUUUCAGUAGAACUUUGAGACUUAAUAAACAGCACAUGAAAUUUGUCUGCCA